AUGGAUCUUUGCCAACUUCUGGGUCAGGAGUUGGCUGCGCUGGAGAUUGAGAUAGUACAGAAGGAGACAAUACAUCCAAGGAAGAGUUGCAAGAUGAACAGUUCAUGCGCAGAUGUCCUUUUUGCUGCACAUAGGUGGCAGAUGUCCAAACCAAGCUUAGUUUUUGAGUCAAAGGAUGUCUUCAAUCAGAAAGCCAGUAACAAGCACUGGAUUGAUGUGCAACCAAGAUGGAGAGACUACGAUUCACACGACAUAGAACAUUACGCAAGAGCAAAAUUUAUGGACUACACGGCAGAUAAUUUGUCCAUCUACCGUUUUUUGACUGGGGUGAUGAUUGGACUUGAUCUACUCCCUCCGUUCCAUAUUACUUGUCGCUGA